AUGCAUUGGGGCGGAAGAACGAAUGGAGAUUUGGUGUCCGGAGAUGCACCGUACGAGUCUAUCGCCCCAGCUGGGGCUGGGGGGAGGGGAGUACUGGGCGGUGGAGGGCACGGCGGCGACCCAGCGCAAGGAGACGGCGGUUCGAGUGAUCACGUUGGACUGAUUAGGGCUUUGUGGCUGCAAGAGAAGGAGAGCAGGCUGGCCUCGGAAGCGAAGGUGCUGAGUCUCGAAGAGGGGGCGGCUGCUCUUCGUGAGGAAAGGGAUAAGCUUAAAGCCACCCUCAACGGCGAGGGGUUCAAGGGACGAUCCUUGCAAGAACUAGAGCACCUGGAGAAAGAUCUCCGGAAGGCAUUGGAGGGUGUGUGCGGGGAGAGGGAUAGAAUCGUCCAGCAGCAACUCGCCAAGGAAGAACAGAGACUCUGCGUCGUUUGCCAGGAGAACGAGCGAAGCGUGCUCCUGCUACCGUGUCGCCAUCUUUGCGUUUGCAGGGGCUGCUCCGAGCGGCAAGAGCUAACCUUGUGUCCGCUAUGCCGAGACCACAUCACCGAGAGCCUCGUCGUGUACUCCUGA